ACACUGAAUACAGACAUAGGGGUUAGCUUUAUCCAUUACUCCGAAAGCAAUAUAAAUAAAUGUAGUAUUGAAGACUCGGUGAAUUGAAAAACAAAGCCACCUACAAACAAACAAAAAACAAAACCAGAGAGAGAGAGAGAGAGCAAGAAAAAACAGGUUUUCUUUGAGAUCAAUGGCGUCAAGGAAGAGCUUUCUUUCAAACCCGAACCGUUACAUCUUUCCGACAACCUCAGACACCCAUUUGAGCCAAACCCAAGAGGGCAUGUUCGAGUUGGACGAGGCUGAGUUAUGGAACAACCACAACCACUCUUCCACAACAACGGAUCAGGGCAAAAAGGGGUUACCUUCUUCAGGUUCGCGUUCCGUUCUGAAGAGAGCUUCAAGGAAUCAUAACAACAACAAUGGAGGGAGAGACAGAAUCACUACCCCGGCGUCAUUGCCUGUGAACAUACCCGAUUGGUCCAAGAUCUUGAAGGAGGACUACAAGGAGCACCCCAAGUACUGGGAGAGUGAAGAUGAAAAAGAAGAAGAAGAUGAUGAUGAUGAUGAAGAACACAACAACGUUGUUGGUGAACAAAACCAUGGGUUUAGAAAUAUUAGGGUACCCCCACAUGUGUAUUUGGCUAGGACAAGAGGUGCUUCUCUGUCGGUGCAUGAAGGGAUCGGAAGAACUCUCAAAGGAAGAGACUUGCGCAGUGUCAGGAAUGCCAUUUGGAAGAAAGUUGGCUUCGAAGAUUAAUUAAUUAAUUAUUAGUAUUAAUAAUUAUUAUCAGUGGGGUGGGGAUUAGAGCUAGCUUGGUUUCAACUUUUUCAUCUAAUCAUAACAUAUAUAUAUAUAUAUAUCAAGAGAGAGAGGGAUAAGAUAUGGAUCGGAUUCCAUAUUUUUUGCCAGAUUUUUUUUUUGGAAAUUUUGGUUAAGGUGGCAAUUAAUUACUUUAGUGACUGCUAGUUGUAGUAUACUGUAGCUAUGUGCUUGAAGAUCGAGAUCCAUUUGCUAUGUUGUUCGUGUGGAUGAUCUCAAUCUCUUGAUCAUAUUAUUAGGGGACUUUUUUUUUUAAUUGUUGACUUGUAUUGUAGUACUAAGUAAGGAGAUGAUCAUCAUGAUCAUAUCCUCAUUUUGGUGUCUGCUGUUUUUAAAGAAGGACCACUCUUGAGCUCUACAUUCAACUUUUUUUUUUAUUGGAUAUGAAUAUAUUAUCUUUUUGGGUUUGAGGAUUUAA